AUCCUUGGAAGCUAUGUCAAACAGAUGAUAUGGAAGUUUCCUCUUAACCUUUCAGUUUCCUCAUAUAUCAUUUCUGGGGACAAAAGAAUUCCCCCUUUCUCACUUCUGAGUGAGUGAAAGGCAAGGUUUAAAGAAAUGCUAAAGUUCUAAAAUUCAUCCAUUAGGCCAGGCAUGGUGGCUAAUGCCUGUAAUCCCAGCACUCUGGGAGGCCGAGGCAGGAGGAUCACUUGAGGUCAGGAGUUUGAGACCAGCGCAGCCAACAUAGUAAAACCCUAUGUACUAAAAAUACAAAAAUUAGCUGGGCGUGGUGGCGGGUGCCUGUAAUCCCAGCUAUUCAGGAGGCUGAGGCACAAGAAUCGCUUGAACUCGGGAGAUGGAGGUUGCAACGAGCCAAGAUCAUGCCACUGCACUCCAGCCUGGGCAACAAAGCGAGACUCUAUCUCAAAACAAAACAAAACUGGCUGGGAGCCGUGGCUCACCCCUGUAAUCCCAGCACUUUGCGAGGCCAAGAAGGGUAGGAUCACCUGAGGUCAGGAGUUCAAGACCAGCCUGGCCAACAUGGUGAAACCCCAUCUCUACUAAAAAUACAAUAACUUAGCCAGCCAUGGUGGCAGGCGCCUGUAAUCCCGACCUCUCGGGAGGCUGAGGCAGGAGAAUUGCUUGAACUUGGGAGGCGGAGGUUGUGAUGAGCGGAGAUGGUGCCAUUGCACUCCAGCCUGGGCAAAAAGAGCAAAACUCCUUCUCAAAAAAAAAAAAAAAAAAAAAAGUUUAAAAUUAAAAAUUUUGAAAAAUACAAAAUUAGCCAGGCAUGGUGGCAGGCGCCUGUAGUCCCAGCUACUCGGGAGGCUGAGGCAGGAGAAUUGCUUGAACCGGGGAGGUGGAGGUUGCAAUAAACCGAGAUCGCACCACUGCACUCCAGCCUGGGUGAUAGAGUGAGACUCCAUCUCAAAAAAAAAAAAAAAAUUCAUCCAUUAGUUACAAGUUGGAAACUUCAUACAGCUUUAUUACCUAUUAACUGCAUUUUGGGGUUUAGUACCUAUUGUUGUUCUAUCAACCAACCCCAACUGAAACCACAGGGAGAAGUUGAGAACUUGAGCUCCUUUCAGGCCAGCCGCCUUCUGCCUGCAGCUGGUUUGGUCUCCCUCUGAACCAGAUUAGAAUCCAGAAGCUUUUCUCCCCUUAACUCUCAUGUGAUUCAAUGGCGCUCUCCAGGUAGAGGAGUGAAACUGAUGCAUUUAGGGAAACAAAAUAUCCUAAUCAGUGUUUCUUUUUAUUUAUUCAUUUAUUUAUUUAUUUAUGAAAUGGAGUCUCACUCUGUCACCCAGGCUGGAGUGCAGUGGCGCUAUCUCAGCUCACUGCAAGCUCCGCCUCUGGGUUCACACCAUUCUCCUGCCUCAGCCUCCUGAGUAGCUGGGACUACAGGCACCCGCCACCGCACCUGGCUAAUUUUUUGUAUUUUUCGUAGAGAUGGGGUUUCACCGUGUUAGCCAGGAUGGUCUCGAUCUCCUGACCUCGUGAUCCGCCCGCCUCAGCCUCCCAAAGUGCUGGGAUUACAGGCGUGAGCCACCGUGCCCGGCAUCAGUGUUUCUUAAACUUGAGAAUGCCUAUGUUCAUUAAUAUUUUUUCACAUAAUUCAGUGUUGUUUUUAUUAUAGUUAUUGAAAUGUGUACAAAGAUAAAACUAUGCUUACAGCUUCUGUAGAACUAUAAAACUUACUAUGAACUGACGAUUGUUUCGCCGAAACCAAAUCACUGCUUAUGACAUGACCAGUCCUAGGACUGUGAUGGUGGUGGGACUCAGGUGGGGGAUGCCUGUGCCACGUGUGCUGAUAGAAGUUCCCAGACUCUUCUAUCACUUGAGCAAGACUGCCAUAGAGCCACUGUGCUCCCAGAGUGCUGUGCUGUCAUUUGGCCUUUGCUAGAACUGAACCCCAUGUAUAGAGUCUGUUUGCUGCCUACUUAGCUUGUGACACUGAGUCAAUGCAAAUAAUUGCUGGAAGGUGUUAAUGCUGUUUUGUUUUUUGUUUUUUAAGAUUAUGACUAAGGCUAGGCGCGGUGGCUCACACCUGUAAUCCUAGCACUUCAGGAGGCCAAAGCAUGGGGAUCACUUGAGCCCAGGAGUUUGAGACCAACCUAGGCAACAUGGCAAAACCUCGUCUCUACAAACAAUACAAAAAUCAGCCAGGUGUGGUGGUGCACUCCUGUGGGUCCAGCUACUUGGGAGGCUGAGGUGGGAGGAUCAUUUGAGCCCAAGAGGGUGAGGCUGCAGUGAGCUAUGUUUGUGCCACUGCACUCCAGCCUGGAAGACAGAGUGAUACCAUCUCAAGGAAGCCAAAAAAAAAAAAAAAAAAGAUUAGGACUGAAAAAUGGUUAGGCAGUGUCAGAACUCAGAGACUGACAGCUUGAGAAUGAGAAACACUGUCCUGCCUGGUGGUUAAGAGCAUGAGCCCCCACCGGGGACCCAGCUCUGCCAGGUGUGCUUGUGGGAGCGUGAGCCACCACUGGAAUCUCUGAAUGUCUGUGUCCUCAUCUCUAAUGCCAGAGCUCACAAUACCUCCCUUGCAGGGCUAUUGUGAGAAUAAAAUAAGAUGCAGGUAAAUCUUAGCUCAGUGCCUGCCAUGAAGGAGGUGGGUGUUGAAAUCAUGAAUAAAAGAAUAAAGAUUAAGGAUGUGAAUAAUAUAAUUGUCUUUAAGUGGGUUCUGGAUAGCUUUUUCCCCCCAUGGGUGCUGAAGAAGCCCUGAAUAAAAGAAAGAUCAAGGCUGGGCGCUGUGGCUCAUGCCUGUAAUCCCAGCAUUCUGGGAGGCCAAGGCGGGUGGAUUACUUGAGGUCAGGAGUUCGAGACCAGCCUGGCCAACAUAGUAAAACCCUGUCUCUACUAAAAAUUCAAAACUUAGCCAGGCAUGGUGGUAGGCACCUGUAAUUCCAGCUACUCAGGAGGCUGAGGCAGGAGAAUCGCUUGAACCGGGGAGGUGGAGGUUGCAGCGAGCAGAGAUCGUGCCACUGCACUCCAGCCUGGGUGACAAAGCUAUGCUCCAUCUCAGAAAAAAAAAAGAUUGAGGCUUUGGAUAAUAUAAUUGUCUUUCAGUGGGUUUGGAUAGUUUUAGGUGACUGUUAGGUGAAAGGCAUCAGGACGAGGACUGUCAGUGGAGGGGUCUGAGCACCAUCCUCUGGCACUGUAUUCAUCCAUUUACAUCUUUGCACACAUAUGCUGUGAUUUGCUCUGAGCUGCAGCAUUGGGGAGAGAGAAGUGUUGCCCCAUAUGUUUAUAGGAGCAAUUUGAUGUAAGAGAACAAUCUCCCCAGCCAACUUUUGUCAGUGUAUUCAGAAAGUUGUAAACUUACCCAGUAUUAUAUCCCCAAGAAGCAGGAACUAAAAAAUGACAGCCCUAAUGAAGGGUGGAAAGACCUCUUCUGAGGUGGUAGAUUCUAUGUAGCACCCAUGAAGUAGGUUUGGUAAGCCACUGAGUUUUUGAGGUCAAAGCAAAAUUUCCUCCUGUGAGCCAAACAUGGGAGUAUCAUGGCAGUUCUAUUAUGAAUAUCUAUGUGUGGCCCUGAAAUGGGCCGUAAUGUGACUGGUGGAGUUAAUCAUUAGCCCAGUGGUUGUCUGAACGACUUGAUUCCCCUGGGCUGCGAGCAGUUCACCUGCAGAGGAGGCUCCAGAAAGCGGCAUGUCCCCUUUGCUCUUUGGGGCUGGGCUGGUCGUUCUGAAUCUAGUGACGUCUGCCAGGAGCCAGAAGACAGAACCUCUAAGUGGCUCUGGGGACCAGCCACUCUUCCGUGGAGCUGAUCGAUAUGACUUUGCCAUCAUGAUCCCUCCAGGAGGCACGGAAUGCUUUUGGCAAUUUGCCCACCAGACUGGAUACUUCUAUUUCAGUUACGAGGUUCAGCGGACAGUGGGGAUGUCACAUGACCGGCAUGUUGCUGCCACGGCACAUAACCCACAGGGAUUUCUCAUAGACACCUCCCAGGGUGUUCGGGGCCAGAUUAACUUCUCUACCCAAGAGACAGGUUUUUAUCAGCUUUGUCUAAGUAAUCAGCAUAAUCACUUCGGUUCUGUGCAAGUGUACCUCAACUUUGGAGUCUUCUAUGAGGCGCCUGAGACUGAUCACAAACAGAAGGAAAGAAAACAACUGAAUGAUACUCUGGAUGCAAUAGAGGACAGCACACAAAAGGUGCAGAACAAUAUCUUUCACAUGUGGCGAUACUACAACUUUGCCCGGAUGAGAAAAAUGGCUGACUUUUUCCUUAUCCAGUCCAACUAUAACUAUGUGAACUGGUGGUCGACAGCCCAGAGCCUCCUUAUUAUUCUUUCUGGGAUCCUGCAACUGUAUUUCUUGAAGCGUCUCUUCAAUGUUCCGACAACUACAGAUACAAAGAAGCCAAGAUGCUAAGCUAAGGGGACUAUAGCACCCUGGCUGUUUUCUUCUGGGGCUUAGUCGAAUCAGCUUUGUAAUGUUAUGGGACAAAAAUCAAUUUAUCUCAUUAAUGUUUUAGUCUGCUGCACACAUCUAAAAAAGCAAAAUGGCAAUAAAAUAAUAACAAUGAAAAA